ACUAGUUUAACCACCCUGGUUGAAAACUUGAUAUAGAUACAAACGCUAAAUUGUCCGGUGGUGAUAACUUAUUGAUUAUUUAUUUUUCAAGGCAGGUAUCUGAAAGGAUAUCUCUGUAACAGUAACAAUAGAUGUCUAGCAUGGGUGACCAGCGUGGGACAAGAGUAUAUGUUGGCAAUCUGACUGAUAAAGUUAAAAAGGAUGAUCUGGAGGGGGAGUUCACAAAGUACGGCAAGCUAAAUUCAGUUUGGAUAGCAUUUAACCCUCCAGGCUUUGCAUUUGUGGAGUUCGAGCAUCGUGAUGAUGCUGAAAAGGCGUGCGAUAUACUAAACGGAUCCGAAUUACUGGGAUCCCAGCUGCGUGUGGAGAUAUCGAAGGGGCGGCCGCGCCAGGGUAGGCGUGGCGGACCGGUGGAAAGGGGCCGGCGCGGAGAUUUUGGCCGGCACAGCAUUACAAGCAGUAGCAGCGGCGGCGGUGGAUUCCGGCAGCGCGGAUCCAGUGGAUCCUCAAGUCGUCACACGGACAGGGGCUAUAGCUCGGGACGAUCCGGGGCCAGUAGCUAUAAUGGAAGAGAUGGAGGUGGAAGCGACUUUAACCGCCGUGAAGUUUACGGCGGUGGUCGCGAGAGCAGCCGUUACAGCAGUGGCAGCUAUGGUCGCACUGGUGGACAAUCAGCUGGACGUUUCAGGUCUCGCUCCCCGGUUGGAAACCAUCGAUUCUAAUGACAACACCACUCAUAGAAGCCUAUGAGUAAUGAUUAAAAAAUAAUAAUAUAAGUGCGACCCCAAAACUCAGACUCUAAACAUUUAAAAUCGUAACAUUCGAUCGUUUUUGAUCGGCCAACCAACCUCUACAUCAACAAAACUGAUAGUCGUCGUCUCUUCAUUAUUUAUUUUACGAAUACCCAUUUAACAUGACAAUUGCAAGCACUUAACAUUUAAGUUGUAACUUAGAAAACUAGUAAGAACAAGUACGCUAAGACUCGAACUACGUCAAACCAAAAUCUAGAAGUACGCAAUUUUAAUAAAGAAAAUGCGGAAAAGUUUCUCGUAUAUGUACAAGCUUUCGCAAAAAUAAUUGGUCU